GGGAAUAUCCUAUAUGACAUAGAUUAAUAUACGCAUUUUAUAAUUAUUUUUUUUUAAAGUAGGACAUCUAAAAUGUUUCGAUAGUGUCCGAAACUGAUAUUUGAAAUUUCAACAGGGGUAUAUCGGCAACUGAAAUAAAAAGGCAAGUUUGAUUGUAUGUCACGAAGCUCCUAGGACAAUUCCAAUGUAUAUCAAUCGGUUAUUUUUAGGCUUUGAUGACACUUCACAAAAGUCCUUCAAAGACUUGCUAGAAAAUAUUUGGGAAUGUUACAUCGUCCUGUAACACACUUGUUGCAAUGCAACAUAACUGAUGUCGAAAAUUCAAUUUGGUAAAUUAAAAAAACAAAAAUUAAAGCUAAUUCUAAAGUUCUGAAUAUAUUGAUGUAUAAUAUGGACACAAAUACAAUUUAAGUAAGUUUACUGAACGAAAUAAAAUAUAUAAAUCAUAUAUAUAUAUAUAUAUAUAUAUAUAUAUAUAUAUAUAUAUAUAUANAUUUAAUUUAUUUUUCAGCCAAGCCUAAAUAUAGAUAUUUCUACUGGAUGGAUCAUACAUAUUUUGUUAACUAAGUAAUUAAACUUGAAUUAAAACAAAAUAUUGUGCAUCAAUUUUUUGAAGCCAAUAUAUUCUAUUUUAUAAAAAAAAAAAAGAAAAUGAUAUUAGUUUGUAGCUUUGAAAUGAAGAGAUUGCUUUUUGUCUUCACUUUGAUAGCAAUCAAUUAUGGUAAGUUAAAUUUCUGAUUUGAAGAUUAUAAUUUUGUGUAUUAAUUACUCUCUAUAAAUAUAUUCCUUUCAUUUUUCGUUUUAUAACUUUCAAUUUAAAGUGUCAACUUUUAAAUAGCGCUACAUAUUUAAAUAUUGGUCUACAAUUUCUACCUGGUUAUAUUUUCAGUUUAAUUUAACUUCAAUAAGUCUUAUUAUAAAUAAAUCCUGAUAUCAUAUGAAAAUAAUGAUUAAUUUAUAAAUAAUAAACUUUUAUCAUUAAUGAAAAUUUAAGCUUCAAAGUGAUUUUAACUGUAACACACUGAAAGUAUGAUUGUUUAAAAAAAAAGAAAAUUUUUUAUAAAGAUUUUAAAUUAAGAUAUACAUUAAGUUAAGAAUUUGUAAAAAAAAAUAAUUACUUUUAAAGAUUACAUUUCGUUUAGGAUUAUCCAAAUGGAGCGAUGUUAUGUUAAUGCUAGUCUCUUUAGUCUUAGAAUACUAAAAAAUCCUAAAACAAAUUCAACGUUUAUCGUUUAUUACCUCUAUGUUAACAUUACAGAGUUAAAUGUAAUGAUUUACUGUAUUAUGAUUCUAUGACAAAGUAUUAAUUUUUUAAACCAAUUUCCAUAAAUUUCUAAUUUAAAUUCAUGUUUAUUUAAUAUCAUUGGAGGUAUUUUUUUUAAAAUGUUAAAUAAAAACAUGGACACACUCUGAUUAGAAUUUAAAUAAGUCUAAAUUAAUAGGGAAACUACAAGGAUUUAAAAAAAAAAAAUUAGAGCCUAAUUUAUUUUCUUUUUUUCUUUAAACAAUAACUGCUAUUCUAGAUAGUAAUUUAAUUCGCCUUAAUAUUUUAAAAACAUUGUCUUUCCAUAACAAUUAAAGAUAUAACUAUAUAACUAUUACAUUUAUAUAUAUAUAGAUAGAUACAUAUAAAGAUACACACAUGUAUAUUUAUAUAUUUAUAUAUAUAUAUUUAUAUAUAUAUAUAUACAUAUAUACAUAAAAAAUAAAUAUAUAUCUAUCUAUCUUAUAAAUAUGAAUUAUAUAGUAAUGAAAGUAAAAAAUAUUUUAAAAUACAAAAAAGACAAGAAAAAAAACCCAGAGUUUUUUAAAAGAGGAAAAUAUAAAGUUUUUGAAGACAAUUAAUUUCAAUAUGUACUUAACAAUAAAAAAAUAUUUAAUUUGUUACAUAUUUUUUUAACUCGUCUAGGCUAAUUUGUGUCUUCAAAAUCAACUCAUAUAGACCUAAUUUUGAGGUUGACAAAGAUAUAUCUAGUGAACAAAUCGAAAUGAGCUUUAAGCCUCAAACCUAUUUUUUACUUAUAUGUUAUAAAAUUUCACACUGUAACUGAAAUUGAGAAGUAAUAAAUAAAUAACAUUCGAUUUUCAGUUCUUUAAAGUGUACAUUGAUAAGGCAAUAAUUAAAUACAAAUAAAUAAAUUAUUUUUGUUUUUGUUUUUACAGUGUAUGUAAAUGGCCUAUCACUAAAACUGCUGCCAUACAGACAGGAGGAUAGUGAUACAAAUUGCACACAUGGCUUAAUUAGUGAUAUUGACACAGUUGUAUUUAAAGCUGAGUUGGACUAUUCUCAGGAUGUAAAUUUUAAAUAUAUUUAUUGUCAACGAAAAACGACCACUGAUCAAGACUUCAUCUUCGUAAGUGGUUUUAAAUAUUGGUGAAUAAUAAAUACCUGUUCGACAUGGGCAUUACCUUUUAUUACUACAAUGCAGAGAAUUUGAAAUAGUGAUUCUUUCCUCAAAUGUAUUGUAAAAUAUUUGAUUGUUUUUUCAUAAGUAAUAUAACAAUAUUUUGUAAUAUGAUGUAUAUAUGUAAACUAAGACCAUCGGUGAACGCUCCUUCUGCUUCCAUGGGCCCACGUUCUGGAACCAGCUCCCCUUCCACAUCCGUCAUUAUGAAAUCUCGUCCACUUUCAAAAAGUCCCUUAAAACCCAUCUUUUUAGGUCCGUCUAUGACCUGUGAUGCCCCCUCCUUGCACUGCCUCAUUUUCUGUCUCGGGUUGAUCCUGUAGUAUAAUCCAAAACGUGCCAAAGUGUCCUCGUUUUAUAGCCAUUUUAAUUGUUUCUAUUGUAUAGUAGUUACUAUCCUAGUGUCUCUGGGUUUUCCUUUUUAUUUUACUUAGUUUACAUGUUUUUUUAUAAUUGUAAAGCGCUAAAAGGUUUAAUGUAAGCGCUAUAUAAAUGACUAAAUAAAUAAAUAAAUAUAUAUGUAUGUGUGUAUUUAUAUAUAUAUAAUUAUACAAUGUAUAUUUCAGUUAAAAGAUAUAGUCGUCAACAGUUCUGUUAUUGACCAAAGUACCUGGGAGCAAAUUGGUAAACAUGAUGUUAAAAUCACUGUCAGAGUUAAAGCAAACAAAUUGUCAAGUCGUGCAAGAAUACGUUGUGUUUUACUUUCUUCAAACUACCAGGAAAUAAUCAGUGAUGAGCAAAUAUUUCCAGAAAUACGAGGUCUGAAACUUUAAAGUUAAUAUUCAUUGGUUUUCAAUCAGUUUUAUUUGAAAUAAAUUGUAUAUUAUUACCUAAUGUAGCAAAUCAAUAACAACAUAUGUCAAAAAUAAUUUAAACAUCUUCUGUUUGACUUUAUUCUAUUUUAUUUUAUCUAGUAAAUUUUAAUUUUAAAUUUAUUGUUUGUGAUUACAAAGCAUAUUUAUGUAAUAUAUGACAUAUUUCCAUCUUUGCGAGGCGAAGGAGUAGCCAUUUACACUUCAUCAAAAGGCUGAUUAGGCCGAUCUUAAGAUCGCAGCUGUGGCUAAAGAUCUCACAGAAAAAGCUAUAAUGUUUUUUUGUUUUUUUUAAUUACUACUUUAAAGCUCUUUUUGUUACAAGUGCUAAUGUUCAAACGUCUUCUGUCUGUUUGGUACCUACAUAUACUGCUUUCCACCAGUUGGGACGCUGCUCGUCGAUGAUAAUUCUCGUGGUACUUCUCUGUUCGCUUUCUCUUGAUCCUAUUUUUAUUGGUCGUAAAAACUUAAUUAAAUCGCAAUCUCGGUUGGGAAAUAAGUCUUGCUCAAUCUGCGACCAUCAAAAUAGCAGUAGUUUGAAACACGCCUUGCCUCUAUUUUCUUCUACUGUCUAACCAGAGAAGGGCCUCCUGUUUAAAACGUAUACAAUUUUGCGCUUACAAUCCUCUGUGUAAGACACUCUCCCUUUAAUUUGGAUGUGUAAAGUUUAAGGCAGAUAUCUUUGGUGGAAGCUGUUGAGAUUCCGCACAUUACUGGUAUAUGUGGUUCACAUUUAACUGUCAUAAAGGAGCGUACUAAGCACACAUGCCUGAUAGACACUUAGUUUUGUAAUUUCAAUUAGUUUCAGAUUGUUCCACACUUUACUUUAAUCAUAGAUGCGGCUUCUUUUGCGAUCAUGAUUUUUAUAACUUCUUCCUAAAAUAUAUAAACUUCUAAUUCUCAACUACUGACAUGUCAUGGCAUAUAUUUAUUUAAUUAUUGUUUGAGUUUUAGAAACUUACAGGGUAACACGACUUUUUAAAUUAACAAACAAAAUUAUUUUUACACUUGAUCAGACACCACUGACAUUAAUAGUAGACUUUUAAUAAAUGGAGAAGAGAUUAAAACACCACACAUGUGUGUUACCCGCGCAACUGGAACAGAUAUAGUCGUGAUAUUUGAGUGUGACAGUCAAGUGUUGCCGUGCCUCAUUGAAAUCACAGCAACCGAUUUGAUGGUACCAUUGUUUGGUAAAGGUUACGUUAUCCACACGUCACGAAGACCGGUUUUAAACAUCACAAUAAAGUAUGCCUCGUGCACAUUGAAGGGGCAAGUCAAUACCAUCAAAUGUAGUAUUAACCUCGGUAAGUCUAAUAGGCUAAACCAAGAAUUCGUAAAAAAUUUUUGUUUUUUUUAAUGAAAAGAAACUUUUGUUGUAAUCUGGAAACAAAUUAUAUUUGCUAAAAUUACUAAAAACUGGGUCAUAUUUAAACUUAAGUUCUGUGUUUGAUUUCAUAAAUUAUGUUUACAUUGAAUGUGUUGAUACCAGAGACGAUACGCUUGUACCUUGUUGAAAUAAAUGCAAAUGUGUUUGUUUUAAUGUUAUUCUAGAUGACAGCUCAAGCAAUAAAGAGACCGACAUUAAUGUGUUGAAUAAAGCUCUUUUCGGGAUUAUAGCAAUUAUGGCUACUGUCAUCAUUGUAUUAAUUGCGUUAUUAUUAAGGUAGGCUUUUUUUAUUUUUAAAAUUAAUAUAUAUAUAUAUAUAUAUAUAUAAUAUGUAUAUGUGAGUGUGUGUGUGUCGGGUGUGUUCUUAAUGCGUGAAAUACCUCUGAUUUUGCUAAAGUCGUAUAUACGGUAAAGCUUUGUAAUUCGUUGUUACUUAUCUAGGGCUCAACUUUCACCAGCUGCAAUAAGAUUUUAUUCACGUCUACAGGCAACUGAUAAACCGUUUCAAAUAUGCAACGAAACAUAUAUAAUUUCUGUGAAGCUUAGACGUUUUAAAGAACAACAAAUUGGUCAAAUGUAAGGUACUUGUAGCCAGCUCUGAGAUGUGAAUUGUCUAGAGCCCGACUUAACACAAAGUAGAGAAGUCACACAUCUGAAUGAGAACUAAUAAGUCCCCGAUUUUAGAGAAGUCAUUUUUUUCUAAUAUCCAGCCCAAUGCAACGUUGUUGUUUUUUUUUUUUUUUUUUUUUUUUUUAAUUUUUUUUUUUUUUUUUUUUUUUUUUUUUGAAUAUCUAUUUUCUGGUUCAAUGAAAAACAAAUAUGAUAAAAGCGUUUCUCAUUUUUAUUGUUGUUCAUGGUUAGCACACAUUGAAAGUGCUUUCUCGGGAUCUCGUGUCGUAAAGAUUGUGCAAUCAUUCUUUUGACCAUACUGAUAACCUCCUCUAAUUGAGGUUGAUGCUGAAGAAAUUCCAGAAACAAAUAAAAAUUGUUUCUUCCUUAAAUGUCUUUAUCCUGAUUGGGAAAGUAACAGGUACAAUUCUUGUGGUUAUCGAAAUUUUUAAAAAAUCGAAUAUAAUUAGAUUCUCUUAAGUUUCGAGCAUUUUAAGCCUUUUACAAAAUAGUAUAAAUAUAUUAGGUAAGAAUUGACAAGACUAUUUAUGAACGAAAUUACAAAAAAAAAUACAAAGAAGGAAUUUCAUUUUAAAAAAAAAUAGAAUAAUUUCAUAAAAUUGUUUGCAAGUAAAUUCGAAAUUGAUGUAUAAUCUAAGACAUGCCAUUGGUUAAAGAAAGAAUCGAAUAGUCUCAAAAGGAAGAAUUUGUGGAACAUUGAAAAUAGUAUAUACUUAAGAGACCACUUGUUGAUGCUACUUUUUGAGUUGCCUAAAAUGUAUUAUUCUAUGGCAUUAAAUAAACUUUCUGAAUCCUUUUCUUUAUGAUCACCGAAUCUAAGUUUAUUGAAUUUUCGAUGAAGAAAUAGAGCAACCAAAAAAUUGUAGAUAUAAUAUAACAGAAAAAAUCACUUUCCACAAAAAUUAGUGUGGUGUUCUCUAUUACCAAUAAGUGAGCUCGUGAUAUGCAUUUUGAUAAACUUCUGGAAAACAAUUGAAUUUAAAAUAAUAACAAAAACCCCCAGUCAACAGUCUUCAAGAAACAUAUGUUUAAGACAAAAUGUACGUUGUUGGGCGCAAAAUUUAAAACAACUCAUCCAGACUUGUUACUGCAAAUCCGUGAGGAAAUCAAGUGGUACAUUAAAAAGAAUCCUGGGGUUCAUUAAUCUUUCAACUGGUUUGUCUGUUAAAGAAAAGAGAUUGGCUUUAACAAAUGUGAAAGAUAUACUCAGUUUUGUAUUGAUCGUUUAUUUCAGUAACAUCUUCAUUGAUUUGUAAUAUUUCAAAGAAAACAUUUGAAAAGAUGAACUACUUUUUGAAACAUAGGCUAAGAAUGUUGGAAAUGAGUACAACAAAGUAUGGUCGAACCUGAAAUGUGAAAUGCAACAAAGCUUAGAACAUGUUGGCCGAAGCCUUCGUUAGCGAACAAACAACAGAAAAAAAAUUAAAUUUAAAUUUAAAUAUAUGUAAAUGCAUGUAGCAUAUGAAAGUGUAAUACAUAAAUUACUAACAGAUUUAUUGUUGUAUACAAUCAUUAAAAAGUUAAAAUUAAGAUUUUUCCAUAAUACAUAACUUUAUAUUUUUCAACUAUGUAGUUUUCUUUUUCGUUAAUAAAAUCCAUUAUAUGCAAUAUUUUAGGAAAGGAAAGUGGCAAAGACAUGUCAUGGUAUGUCAUAAACCUCAGGAAUUGUGUCCACAUUAAUUAGGUUUAAUACUUUGCCUCAAAUAAUAUCUAACUUAAAUGAGUCGAAUCUAUUAAUAUUUUUUUAAAAUAAACUAUGUUUAUGUUAAUUUUGCAUUUUAUAAAACCUUUUUCAAUUCACACACCAACACACAGAGAAACACACACACACCCUGACAUAAACAUUACAUAUACAAUUUUUUAAAAUAUAGUUUUAAAAGAUCAAUAGAUUUUGUUUUGUUUUUUUUUCUUUUUCUGUUUUUCUUCGUUCUUUUCUUAGACAAUUUAAUGAUAAGUCUUGUUAAAAUAAAUAAAUCAAAUUUAAUUGUAGAAAAUAGAAGAAAAAAACUGAUAUUAAUAACUAUUAAAAUACUUUUUGUGUGUAUUUUUUAAAAAAAAUAUUUGUAAUAUCUUUUUUUUUUAAAUUAUUAUUUUUUUUAAAUUGUUUAUUAAUUAAAUAUAUUGUGUGGAAAAGUUAAAAUAACAAUAAUAUUUAGGAAUUUUUUUAAAAACAUCGUAACAAAAAACUGAAUUUAUUAACCAAAAAGCCCUCUCCCUUUUAUUCCCUUAUUACAAAAUGUAUAUCAUUACUUUUGUUAUGCAUACUAUUUUAAAAAUCUUACACCAACUAAAGACGCGCCAGGGUGGUCAUACCAUUCGCUCCUCUUAUCAUGACCGAGACCUUUAGAUUAAUAGUUGGCUAACACAUGUUUACUGUAAAUAUAUAAAAGGACUAUAAUGAUGCAUACCUAUAUGAACAAACUUUUUCACUCGAAAAAUAUCAAUUGAUUAGUCUAAAAUUCUCGUAAACCUUUUAAAUGUAUAUAUAUGCCUAUAGGGAAGUACCUUGUGAUAGUACACUACAGGCUCUCCGAACCGCAAAAAAAUUAUCACAGCAGUAGGCCCGCAAUUGUGCCAACACUUACAGGCUAGAACUUUGUAAUUUCAUACAAACGGCUUCAGACAUCGGAGAUGCAAGGAGCAUGUACGAGGGCAUCAAGAGGGCAUUUGGUCCACACAUGUCAAAAAUAGAACCACUCAAGUUCAAGGCGGGUCAAAUUAUCAAGAAUCCAAAUUAUCAACUCCGGCGUUGGGUAGAGCAUUAUACUCGAGCUAUACUCUACAAUGAAUGUAGUUACUUAGACCACUCUCCAUAAUAUUCCUGCCUUAUCAGUAAUGAAUGAACUGGAUGAAGAGCCAACUUUACAGGAGCUCAAAAAAGCCAUCGAUUACCUUGCGGAUGGGAAGGGUCCAGAGAUCGACGGCAUCCCAGCGUAAAUCCUCAAAAAUGGAAAACCUAUCCUACUUCUGUCUGUGUUGGGAAACAGGUCACUUUCCCAAGGACAUGAGAGACGCCAACAUCGUAACAUUGUAUACAAAUAAAGGGGACCGAAGCGAUUGCAAUAACUACCGAGGUAUUUCUCUCCUCAGCUUAGUUGGAAAGACUUUUGCCCGGGUUGCCCAUAAACGAUUGCAGUGCAUUCUACCCAGAGUCCAAGUGUGGCUUCAGGAGUGGGCGCUCAACAAUAUACAUGAUAUUUUGGCUACGCCAAAUGCAGGAGAAAUUUCGGGAAGAGCAUAUGCCUCUUUAUAUUGCCUUCAUAGACCUGACCAAGGAAUUUGACUUGGUAAGUCGAAGUGGCCUUUUCCGUAUCCUGCAAAGAAAAGGUUGUCCCACCAACGACUGCUCACAAUAAUACAGUCAUUUCACAAAAACAUGCACAGCACAGUAACUUUCAAUGGCACUGUCUAUGAGUCUUUUUCCAGUUAGCAGUGGAGUAAAACAGGGUUGUGCACUGGCACCUACUCUCCUUUCAAUUUUCUUUUCGAUGCAACUUGAAUUUGCUUUCAGUGACUGUGAAGAUGGAGUGUACGUCCACACAAGAUCUGAUGGAAGACUGUUCAAUAUCGCCCGCCUUCGUGCAAAGACCAAAGUAAAAAAAAAAAUGCGGAUUCGUGAACUGCCAUUUGCUGACGAUGCCGCCUUAACAUCUCACACAGAAAAAGGUCUGCAGGGGCUGGUUAAUCGCCUAUCACAUACUUGUAAGGAGUUUGGUCUUUCAAUUAGUCAACAGAAAACUCAUGUAAUGAUGCAAGAAGCACCGUCACCUCCAACCAUAUCUUUGAGGGUCAUAAUAUUUCGGUUGUUGAUCAUUUCAUAUACCUGGGAUCCAAUAUUUCUAGUUCUCUCUCCGUUGAUGAAGAGAUCAAUAUCAGGAUCGCAAAAGCAGCAGCAACUAUGGCUAAACUGUAUAAGCGGGUGUGGAAGCAUCUCAAUCUAACUGAUAAAAGAAAAAUAAGUGUCUAUCAGGCAUGCGUGCUUAGCACGCUCCUAUAUGGUAGCCAAGUGUGGACCACAUACACCAGUCAAGAGCGGAAACUCAACAGCUUCCAUCAAAGAUUACUGCGUCGCAUUUUGCGCAUUCGUUGGCAUGACAGGGUGCCUAACGUGGAGGUCUUGGAACGUGCACACAUGUUUAGCAUAUUCUAUUUUCCUAUCAAGAGGCGCCUUCGCUGGUUAGGUCAUGUACGGAGAAUUGAGGAAGGACGUAUCCCAAAGAUUCUGCUGCAUGGAGAUUUGGCAGAGAGGACAAGACAUAAUGGACGACCGCACCUGAGAUUAAUUGACGUUUGCAAACGAAGCAUGAGGGAAGCCAAUAUGGAAAUUUAAUAAAUGGGAGUCCAUUGCCGAACAUCACUCCAAAUGGCGUACAACAGGGUUUGGAGGAAUGAGAAAGGCAGAAAUUACUUGAAACGAGGCCCUCGAAUCAAAAAUAACAACUCGAAAAUCAAGAAUUUACCGGAUUUCAACAUUCUCCUGCGAGAGAUGCGGCCGCGAUUGCCAUUCAAGGAUUAGCCUAGUGAGCCACUCGUCAAAGUGUAGAACUAUAUGGCUACUCCCAUCGUCUCGAGUAGACGGAAGGAUGCCAUAAAAUAAUAAUAAUAAUAAUAUGUGUGUGUGUGUAUAUAUAUACCGUAUUUUCCAGCUUAUAAGACGACGCCUUAAUUCUCCUGUUAAAUAAUAGAGUUUGAGCUAUACUCGCCAUAUAAGACUACACCUCUUCAAAAGCACACCAAAUACAAAUUUAAAAAAAAAAGAAACAUCAGGUUUCAUUUCUAUAUGUUUUUUUAAAAAAAUGAUUCUAAUGCUUUAGCAUGAUGGUACUUAGCAGGAAAACUAUCACAAAUAAACAUAAGGCUGUUUGACAUGCAACAUCUCAAAAUAAAACAGUGCUAGUGAAUAAACGUUUCCUCAUUCACACAAAAGCUGAAAGGAAAGAUAAGACAAUACACUCAUGGGAGCUGACAUGCUGUUCGUUUUCUCAGCUGUCCACCUAACUGGAACUAGAGGGCACCUGUCCCCCGAAGUUGCAGCACGUCGUGUACAAGCUUAUAAGAUGAUAUCGGCGAAUAAGACGACCCUUGACCUUUGAAAAGAUUUUCAUGGGUAUAAAAGUAGUUUAAUGUGCCGGAAGAUACAAUAAAUGUAUAUUUUUACUAGGUCUUAAGCGGGUGCAGAAUAUAAAUAUGUAUAUAUAUGUUAUAUAUAUANAUAUAUAUAUUAUUUUAAAUCGUGUGUGUUUUAAAUUAUUAAUCUAUAAAAAAUAUAUCCAGUAGAUAUAGUAAAUGAACAUUUUACAGCAAAUUGCACAUCAUUGUAACUGAAGUGACUUUGGAAAAAUCAAGUGGAUUACGGGAAAAAAAAACAUUGUCAUCUAACAGAAAGGCGGUGAAAGCCCACAUUUGUUGAUAAUAAAGUAUUACGGACAUUUCAAUAUACCUUUGAUAAAGAGUUUAUGGUAAACGCAAAUUUUCCAUAGAUGUCUUAGAACAUGAUUUGUUUUCAAUUUAAUUAUUUUUUUCUUUUAUUAGAUUUAAACUUUUGCAAUAAUUUUUUUAAAAAAAUAAUCUAAUUAAUAAUUAUGAGAAUGAAACAUUAGGUUUCUGAAUCAAUUAUAUUAAUACGAGUUAUACAUUACAUUAGUUAUGAAAUAAUUAUGAAUAGGCACAUUAAGUUAAUAAUGUUCCAUCAAAAGCACACGAAAACUGUUGGUUAAAAUAUAGUUGAAUUAUUAAAACGCUUUUUCAGUUUAAUGAUUUUAAAAAAUCCAAUAAAAGAACAAUAUAGUUCUAAGAUGCAGUUAUGACAUUUAAAAAAAAUAAUAUUAGAAAUAUUAUCAUCUACAAAAAAUACUUAUGAUGCACACAUUUAAUUCAUUUUUGCCAACUAAUUUUUCAUAGUUUGUAAUUUUUUUUUUUUUUACUGGCGUUAACAUUUGGAGUUAUUAUUUUUUCUUACUUUUUCAAUUUAGAAAUUACUAAAAAAAAUAUGUUGCGUUUUUUUGUGUCGUUAUUUUGCAUCAUUGUUUCAUGUCAAUUUAUUUUAAAAUAUUAUAUUUAAAAAUAAUAAAUCUUUAAAGAGAGCUUUAUGUUACAAAAUUAAUGUUAUCUUAUUUGUUUUUGGAAUUCAGGUUCCGAGGUUCAUGAACUGUAUUCGCAAAAUGAAAAGUGUUGAUUCCAAUGAUGGUACGAACAGGACCUGUUAUAUUUUUCAAAAUUUCUUUUGCUAUUUACAAUGAAUUUAGCAAAUGACACUAUUAGAUUAAUUGAAGAACUGUUUUUUUUUUUUACAUUUUUCCAAACAGAAAAUAUUAAUAUAACAGUGGAUAAAUAAAUGGCAUUUUAUCAAUGUUAUAGGAAUUUUUUUGUUGACCCAUAAUGUAGCAAGCACUUUAUUAUUUAAUUUAAAAAAUACUUAUAUCUUCAGAUAAUGAUAUGGAAGAAGAAAUUGAAGAGACAGGAGAAGUAGAACCGCCUAUCAACUUAGGGGGAAGACGCCGAAGUAUGACAACACAUAUAUAUAUACAUUAAUUUUUCUAGUUAUAUCUCUAAAUUCAAAAUCAAAAUAUCUAAACAUUUAUAUGGAAAAGAAAUAUACAGUACUGACGUCACUAUUCCAAACCAUUUAAUUUGCGUGCCUCCAUAUUUAACACAAAAUACGUGCUAAAGGGUAAAAGGAGAUAUAAUAAAUAAAUGUUUGGCUAUUGAAGAAAUAGUAUAUACUUAGAAGAAGAAUCAUUGCAUGAAAAGAUUUUUGCAUGUACGGCUAUGUUUUAAGCCAGACUUUUAGUCUGUUGGAUUGUGUGAAGGAAAAAAAAAAGACUUUUCAGGCAUAGGUUCAGAUUAUGGAUUUUGAGUUUCAGUGAUAUAAAAGCAGAAUACUUUAAGAAAAGGAAAGAAGGGUCGUACUUAUUACUUUAUAAGAAAUGUAUUAGCAAUACUUCAAAAUACCCAGAAACGCAGUAUUGUAUCCAAAUGAUUAUUAAAUACGCAAUCAUUUAAUUGCUAUUAAAUUGUAAGCUAAAAUAAUAAUAAUAAUAACGCUUAUUUGAAAAUCACAUUUCAUCGCCAAAGGCUCGAAGUGCGGUACAAAGUCAUCUAUAUUAAAACAGAAAUUUUUAAAAAUCUACAUAUUAUCACAAUGAAAUACAAAACGCAACAUUACAAAAACUACAUACCAGAAUACCAAUUCUAAAUCUUUCAUCCCUUGCAACCAUAAACAACACAGGCCCCUUUACAUCUAGGAGAUAAUAGCUAGAUGGAACAGAUAGUAGACAACAUCACCACAGAAGGUUUUAUCGAAAUAGAUAUGUUUUUAAAUCGGUUUUGAAAGACUAUGGUGGCUUGCUGUUUCUCAGAGCAACAAGAAGUGCAUUCCAAUUGUUUGGGUCAGCAAAUGCGAACGGGCGCCUUCCGUAAGUCUCAGGGCGAACACGCGGUAUCGAGAGUUUGCCACUACCGGAUGAGUGAAGUUGUCUAGUGGGUACAUUAGGCGUCAUGAGCGCUUUGAGAUAGGACGGCGCCAGGUCAUGUAAGCAGCGGUAGCACAGAUUUGCAAUUUCGUACUCUGUGCGACCGCUGACGGCAGCCAAUGCCACUUUCUUAAAAGUGUUUUAGAAUGUUUAAAUUACGAGUGCGAAAAACAAAGCGAGCCGCGUUAUUCUCAAAAUGAUUUGAGCCCUUCAAGUUUUACAUGUUUGUGUCUCUUAAACGCUGUUUUAACCUUUAACAUAAAGUAUAUUUUAUAAAAAUUAUAUUUAAAAAAAAAAAUCGAGGAUUUCCUUAUUUCAUUAAUAUAUAAAUCUAUUUGAAUGAAUAUUAAUUUGUAUACGUUUUUACCUUUUGUUAUUUUCUUAAUUAUAUUUUUAGGCAAAGUGCUGGAAGAAGAAACAGACCAUAUAAAUGAUAUUGAACCAUUAUUGAAGUUUAAUAUUAGACAUCAAGGUAAUAUUUUUUUUUUAUAAUUGUAUUACUUUUUUUGUUGUUCUUUCUUGAAAAGCAUGUUCCUUUAUUCUAAGAAGAAAGGAAAAUUUAUACAACAUAGACAUUAAAUAAAUAAACAGUAAAAGGCAUACAUAAUUCUUAACGUUGAGUCUUCUAAGACUAUUUUCUUUCAAAUAAAUACUUCCAAAAACGUAUCAGAUGAAAAACAUGUUGUUUGGUUUUUCUUAAUUAUUUCUUAAUUAAAUUUAAGAUUACAUAAAUAACCCACAUGAAAACGGGAUCCCACUGGGAUCGUGACCUCACAUGGAAAUAGGAUACACAAGGCUCUUGAAACCUUCGUGAUCGAAAACUCACCGGGAUCAGGAUCCUACCGGUAUCGGGAUCCAACCGGUUUGUGGAACCCAUCAUCAUCGGGAUCCAACCAGUUUGUGGAACCCAUCAUCAUCGGGAUCCAACCGGUUUGUGGAACCCAUCAUCAUCGGGAUCCAACCGGUUUGUGGAACCCAUCAUCAUCGGGAUCCAACCGGUUUGUGGAACCCAUCAUCAUCGGGAUCCCACCGGUUAACGGGAAAACCCCGGGUAUAAAUCCCACCACUAUCGGAUACAAACAGAAAACGGGAUACCGAUAGGAUCGGGACCCAACACAUUGGGGGAUCCCACAGGGAACCUGAUCACACCAAGAUAAUGAUGCAACCUGAAUCGGUAUUCCUGUUGGAUUGGGAUCCACGGGUAUUGCGAUCCUAUAACUAUCCGAAUACCGACGGGAUCUGGAUCCAACCGGUAUUGGGAUUCCAUCGAGAUCGUGAUAAAACUUAUGAUCAGUAUCCAAAAGGGUUUUUUAUCCCUCCGAGAAACGGGAUACCAUCGGUAAACAUGAUCCUAUUGGGUAACGUGAUCCGAAUGGGAUCUCUUUGUGAUCGGAAUAAUUUUACGGAACCAAAGGUUUAUACAAUUUAUUAUAAAUGUGUAUUUAAAGCGGAUAAAUUAAUUAUUAUAUUUUUUCAUUGCUUUUUUUUGUUUUAUUUUGAAGUUUUUUUGUUUGUUUUUUUUUUGUUUGUUUUUUUACAAUGCACUAAAUUUCGAUGUCAAUUAAAUUUUGUAGACAUUGUGUAGUUUCCGAAUACAAUCCGGGCAACGCCGGCUUUAUUUACUAGUAAUCAAAUAUUUAUUAGCACCCGGCUAAUGUAAUAAACGGGGUUUUAAAAUGAAUGUUAGAAUAUUAUUCUAAAUGUAAAAAUGUCUGGUGUGGGUGGAUGAAUAUACCUAUGGUGUUGUUUUGAUUAUAUGUUGUUUUUAUUUCAUUUAUGUAUUUUAUUUUAAUAUUAUGAUUAUGCCUCUUUGCUAUAUAUGUACAGCGCGAUGAGCCCAGCCCUAGGCCGGGGUACCGCGCUAUAUAAGACCACUUAUUAUUAUUAUUAUUAUUAUUUUAAAAUAAAAAGUAGUGUACUAUUUUGAUUGAAUUUUAUCUUGAACAGAAGCAUGAGAACAUUUUUAACUCAAAGUAUAUUAUGUUGUCGCUGGUGACAGUGAUGGUAUUUUGAAUAUGAUUAAAUGUUAUAGGGAUAUGUUAAUUUAUUUAAUAAUUAUUUAUUUUAACAACAUAAAAAUGAAAUUUAAUAUGUUUUAUACGUGCAGUCAACAACAGAUUUCAAGGAAGGAGGAGCAGUGUACCUGGAGACAUAAAUCUGGCAAAACACUCAAAUGUUACAUUAAAAAGAUAAUUAUUAUUUCAAACCUUAAUGUAAUUACAAGAAUCGAUUUUUACAUAUUUUUUAAAGAGAAAUUUACAAACAAAACACAUAACAAUUAUAUUUGAUAUAAAUACGCCAUUUCUGCUAUGUCUCAUAACAAUUAAAUGUCACUCUUAUUUAUUUUAUAUAUGAACUUUCAUAACUUAUUUUACCCCGUCUGGGGUUUUGUAUGAUUUCUUUUUUAACUGUUUAUAAAGAUAAUAAUUUAAUUUUGAAAUAUUUACUUUCGAUGACUUUUUUUAGAACUCGGCAUACAUUCUCCUGAAAGCAAAAAAAAAAUUAUUAACAUCUACAAUUGCUGAUUUUAAUGACAAAGAUCGAUCUCUAAUUACGAUAAUGUAUAACUAUUUCAACUAUGAAAAAAAGAGUUAAAACUUUAUCCUUAAAAAAAAAAAAAUUAUGUUGCUAUUUCAGUUGAUAAGAGGGUCAUGUAAUAAUUUUUUAAUGACAAAAAGCAUUAUAAGUGAUCAAUUCUCAAUAGGGAAAUAAAAAUUUAAAACCAGUCUAUAAUGGGUGUAGAUGUUGAUGAAUUUUAUUUAUUUUGCUAUGCGUGGUCCUCAUUUUGAUAUCUUUACUGGCCUGCAAACUUUUUAGUGCUAAAAAUAUAACAUUUUAAUUAACAUAUCCAAAUAACUUAGGA